AUGUGCACUGGAAAAUGCUCCCGUUGCAUUGCUAUAUCUCUGUACCCAUUAGCAGUCAUAUCCAUCAUCUGCAACAUAGUGCUGUUCUUUCCUGACGGGGAUGUCAAGUACGCCAAAGAUGGACACAUUACUGAGGAGGUGAAAUACAUGGGGGGGCUCGUUGGGGGCGGUAUAAUGGUGUUGCUUCCUGCAUUUUACAUCCACUUGAGUGGAUCACAGGGGUGCUGUGGGAAUCGCUGCGGGAUGUUCUUGUCAAUUGCAUUCGCCGCAGUGGGUGUGCUCGGUGCCCUGUACAGUUUCAUUGUUUCAGUGCUCGGUUUGCAUAACGGGCCCCUCUGCAAAAUCGGCGUGUUUUGGGAGACACCGUUUAAAACCAUGGAGCAGAAUUACCUGACUGAUGACAAGUGGUGGAAACUAUGCACAGAGCCUGAGAACAUUGUGCAGUUCAACAUUGGAUUGUUUGCCACUCUGCUGGCCACAAGCAGCCUGCAGAUAAUUCUCUGUGCCAUUCAAAUGAUCAACGGGCUCUUUGGCUGCCUGUGUGGAACCUGCAUCGACAAAGGGCCGCUGUGAUUUCCUGACAGUUGACUGGCGCCCCCUGCUGGAAGACAGCGUAGCUUUCCGGCUGCAUCCGCAUAAUAUAAUAAUUGUCUCUUUUAACGAAUUUGUAUA